CUUUUUUAAAAACAAAAACAAACAUAAUGAUAAAGACUUUUGAUUUGAUUUUUUUUAAUUUUCUGAGUAGCAAACAUGAAUCCACACCAAUCUCCAUGAUAAUAUCUGAUAAUUUAACGCUGGUUACGUGUUGUUUUGAGUAUCUUCUAUGGGAUGCUACCAAAGUCCAUUCAAAAGUCUGCCAAUUUAAUAUCAGUUUAAUGUAGAGUAUACAGAAUAAUAUUCCAUCCAUCCAUUCUCUAUACACCACUUUAUCCUCACUAGGGUCAUGGGGGGUGCUGGAGCCUAUCCAGCUGACUCGGGGGAAGGCAGGGGACACCCUGGACAGGUCACCAGUCUGUCACAGGGCUACAUAUACAGACAAACAAUCACACUCACAUUCACACCUACGGACAAUUUAGAGUAACCAAUUAACCUCAGCAUAUUUUUGGACUGUGGGAGGAAGCCGGAGUACUCGGAGAAAACCCACGCAUGCUCAGGGAGAACAUGCAAACUCCAUGCAGAAAGAUCCCAGACCCAGGCCGGGAUUUGAAACGGGAUCUUCUUGCUGCAAGGCAAAAGUGCUAACUACUACGCCACUGUGCAGCCCACAGAAGAUUAUUGUAUUUCUAUAAGCAUCUGUUCUAACUGCACCAAACUCCAUUUGAACAUUUACAAAUUUCCCCCCUUGUAUUUUCUUUAAUGUGUGUUCUGGCUGCUGAAUAUGAAUCUGAACCAAACUACAUUCAUGUUGUCACUAAUUUAACUUCUGUCAGGCUCUAUUGAGUGAAGCAGCUUUAGAUGGAGGAUGAGCUGGCCGGUGUCAGCGCAGCCUCAGGCGAUGUUAGUUUCCUCCGAGGAGGCUGAUUGGUCGUCUGGGAUCUGUGGCUGCUGUGACGACAUGAAGCAGUGCUGCUUUGCAUUCUGGUGUUGUCCGUGCUUCGCUUGUAUAACCACCAGAGAUUUCGGUCAGUGCCUCUGUCUCCCUCUGCUGGACAUGUUCAGCUGCUGCAUCCCCCCCAUCACCAUGUCCAUGAGGGCCUCUGUACGGCAUCGCUACGGCAUCAGGGGCUCCCUGUGCAGAGACUGUGUGUGCUCCACCUGCUGUCUGCCCUGCGUUUGGUGUCAAAUGUCCACAGAAAUGAAGAAGGGGAAACUUCCCACCACGCUGAGUGACAUCAUCGGCCGCCGAUGACAUCAUCGCUCUGACAUCACUGUUCCCACUCCGUCCGUCCUAACGCAGAUCGAAUGUGACCGCUGUGGAGUAAAAAACAAUAAUCAAUAGUGUUUGUGCUGCUUGUUUACAUAAUAAUAUUGUUCAGUACUUUAUCUGUUUAUUCUCAUAUUUGUCAUAUGUGUCUUUCCUUUUUUAUUGACUUGUUUUGCACUUUUGUCUCAAUAUGUUCAUUUUCUACUUUGAAUAAUUAUUUAAUUUAUCUUACAUUUAUUAAGAACCAAGAAAACAAA